AUGUCUCGCCCUCCCCUCCCCUCCCCCCCUGGCUCGGGGCAUGACCAACCCCACCGCACAUUCGACCAGCUCAAGCUGCUCGCAUUCGACAACAGCCCCCCGGACAAGUACUCGCCGAAACAAUGGUUCGACACCGCCCUCCGCCAGGCUGAGCACGCCCGCCAGGCUGAAAGACGACAGAACAAGGCAGAGCAGUUCAUCGCGUACACCCGCCUCGUCACGGCGUACAACAACGCCCUCCACCACUCGCGCAUCCGGGAGGCCAAGGCUGCGGACCCCGCUUGGGCGACUCGCCUGACCGACUUCAAGCAGACCUGGGAGCAGGCCCUCCACAAGGCCAAGGCGCUGAAGGAGGAACUCCGCCAGGCUGACGCAGCGCUCAUGUCGCCUCCUCCACCGCCGAAGCCGCAGCCGGAGAAGCAGGGAGCGCGAACCAGGAGGAUCGAUCGCGGACCGGAUGAAAGCGCUUUCCGGCCGUGGGAUGGACGUCAAGCGGAUCAGCCGCGAGCUGCCCGCGAACGGCAGCCGACCUCCCUCGGUCUCGCAAGCCUGAGCACGGGCGGGUCGUCUAAAUCGACCGGCAGCAGCAUUGAGCAGCAGCCGUCACCCGUUGCGAACGGUCACCUCGGGCUUAUCAACAAUGUCCCGUCGCCUGCACCGGAUUCCGGGCGACCGUCGCCCGUGCGAGGCGCACUUCCGAAGCCCCCGGGUCCACCGGGGAUGCAGCGGUCGCCGUCUGACUCUGACGCAGCGCUCGCACACUUCGAACAAUCGUUCCCUUCCAUCGACACAUUCGCCACACAGUUCGAAAAAGUCGACCUCCCCGAACUUCCAUCAUUCCCCUCCUUCCCAUCACUACCGAGCGUACCGACCGACCUGCCCGGACAGCCGCGUCCGCCCCUUCCUCCGCCCCCAGCACCGAUCGACCCCAAAGACGUUGUUCCUUCCCCGCCGAGUCCGGACCUUGACUCAGAGAUCCGCCGCCCAGCAUCCCAGCCCGCCGAGACAAAGAAGGACGAGGCGUUCUCUCCGCCGACAGAGGAGCUGAGCGCGCUCGACCUCGAAUCGUCCGUUGCGACUGCGAAGCCGAUCCCACCUGCUCCGGACCAUCAAUUGCGCUUCGACGCCGCGAAGAAGCCGCCACCGGAAACGAUGCCGGUCCCGUCACCGCGGCACGAGGACUCGUCACUGGCACCUUCCCCGCGGACAUCGUCAAGGGCCGUAGCGCAGCCGUCUACGAGCCCUGGAUCGGGAUCCACUGCCGUCGCCAUCCCAGGAUACAGUCCGACGCACGCGGGCAAGCCGACGUUCCCCCGCACAAAUGUGCUGGAGCCUAACGACCUGCGGACGUACUUCAUGAACUUUGACGUGGACGUGCUCCUCCUCGACGUUCGAUCUGAGGAUGAGUGGAAGAAGUCUUACGUCGGAGCAGAGUAUUACAACCGUGGUUGUCACAUCAACGUUGUCUGGAUCGACCCAACGAUCAUCAUGCGAUCGGGCAUGACGUCGGCGGGUCUCGAGGACGCACUGUCCCUGUCUCCGCCAGCGCAGCAGGAGGCUUUCGCCAGGCGGCACCAGUACGACCUGGUCGUGAUUUACGACUCGCGAUCGAAGAACUUCCCUCCGAAGGGUGCAGACCCGACCCCCGUUUCGCGCAUGUGGGACAUGAUUUAUUCGAACGAGUACUCCAAGAUCCUUCCGCGGUGUCCGGUCCUGCUCGUGGGCGGAUAUCAGGGGUGGUUCGAGUUCAUCGACUUCCGUGCGCGCCAAGGUGCUGCGCGGCAGAACCAGGCGCAGGGUCACAAGCCGGUCAACAGCAUCAGCGAGAAGGAGGCGGCCGAGAAGCGCGCGAAGCGACAGCAGCACGUGUACCAGCCCGGAAGCUAUGCCAAGGGCAUCCCCGACACGUUCAGCAGCGGCUCCCCGCAGUCCAUGACUGGCGGAUACCACUCGCACUCGGCUAGUUUGUCGCACCACUUCCCGUCGAGCUACAAUGCGGCACCGUAUCAGUCGCCGUACUCGACGCCGGGUACACCGGGAGACUACGCCGCGGCGCCGGCACGACCCUCCCUCCCACCGAAGCACGGAAGCUCGCAGUCGAUCAGCUCGUACGCCGGUGCUGGCGGCAUCGCGCCGUUACCGAAGGCCUCGAUCCACCCCGGAGCUGGCACACGGCGGCAGAGUGGCUACCUCGACAGCCAGUAUAGCGGACAUCACGCCUCGCGCCCGUCGAUCGACUAUCCCCAGCCGCACGCCCUGGGCAGGUUACCGCAACAGCCGCCGGCGGCGGCCUCGCACUCGCUCGAGCGGCGGGACAGCCGCACUCUCGUCCGCGCAGAUGUGCGGCACGAUCAGCUCGCCCCUAACAGCGGGUGCCGGUAUUGGCGCGAUCCGAAGCUGGGCCUUACGGGUCUCAAGAACCUCGGCAACACGUGCUACAUGAACUCGACCAUUCAGUGUCUGUCGGCCACGCUGCCGUUCGCGCGGUUCUUCCUCGAUGGGCAUUACAAGAAGGAGGUCAAUCUCACCAACACGCUUGGUACGAGGGGUAACCUCGCGCACGCCUUUGCGGAACUUCUGUCCGCGCUCUGGAAGGAGCACUACACCUUCCUCUCCCCAAUCACUUUUAGACAGAAAUCCAUCAUCAACUUCAAGUCCGACUUCGCGGGCACGGAGCAGCACGACUCGCAAGAGUUCCUCUCCUUCGUCAUGGACGGUCUGCACGAGGACCUGAACCGCGUGCGGGUCAAGCCGAAGCCGGUCGAGAUGACACCCCAGCGCGAGGCUGAGCUGGAGACGCUCCCGCCUCAGAUCGCCUCCGACAAGGAGUGGGCCAUCUACAAGCAGCGCAACGACAGCUUCAUUGUCGACGUGUUCCAGGGACAGUACAUGAACCGCAUGGAGUGCCUCACGUGUCACAAGUGGCUCACGCUUGACUUGCCGACGAGCCGCAAGCCGAUUGUGCUUCCCGAGCUGUUUGACCGAUACGUCCAGCCGGAGAUCCUGGACGGUGAUGACAAGUGCCCGAAGCUUCGCCAGCUCCGACCGAAGCUGACAUACAGGUUCUGUCCGCGAUGCAAGAAGAACCGCCGCGCGUCCAAGACGAUGACGAUCGUGCGCCUCCCGCCGGUUCUCAUGAUCCAGCUGAAGCGCUUCCUGCCCGUCAACGGGGGUCAGUUCUGGGACAAGUCGGACACGCCGGUCAUUUUCCCGUUAAAGAACCUCGACUUGACGCGGUACGUCCCCGUCCGCCAGCCGAACGGGACAGAAGACCUCGACGACCCCCGCACCCAGAUCGGGCCGUUCAAAUACGACCUCUACGCCGUCAGUAACCACAUGGGCACACUGUCGAGCGGGCACUCAGACACCGCGUUCGUGAAGGGCUCAGACCACUGGAGCUUCUGCGAGGACUCGCGCGUGACGCCCGCAACGGAGCAGGACGUGGUGAACCGCCCGGCGUAUAUCCUAUUCUACAAGAGGGUGCUAGCUCAGUAA